AUGCCUGCUUUCGAUCCAGUUCGCGAUGCGGUCCUCAAUUCCCCGGUUGACCAACAUCCACCACAAACCACGUAUUCACCAAUAGCGUCACCGUCAUUGACACGACGAGCAACCGACCUCUCGGUUCUCCUCAACUCAUCUGAGCCGCCCAUUCCAGCGAGGUCGACGACCGCAACAUCGUCAGCGUCAUCCUCUUCGUCAUUGUCGAACAUUCUGAGCAACCAAGCCGAGGACAAGCUCACUACCUCGGAGCCGUUGAUUCGCAGAUACACAAGUUCUUCAUCAAGAUCUACUCAAGUUGCCUACCCCAGUCCAGCUACCCAAGGAUCGUCUUCUCCCACUAGAUUCCACCACAAUUACCAGGAUAUGCAGCAACCAGCGAGGGGACCACAUCCACCAACACCUACGUCGGCAGGGGCACAUGCGUCGUCCCGGCCAUCUAGUUCAUCCUCGUCUACAGCUCCGUCGGCGUCGAGGCUGGGAGGUUCUGUGGGCAACGGGGUACGCCAGACUUCUUCACCUUCAAUGAGACCACCGCCUACGCCUCCACCACCAACCAGUGCUAAGGAUGCGACGAACCCGAAGUCGGCUACGCCAGCGGGUGCGCCAAUAAAGACCAGCAGCAUACCCUACCGGCCAACGAAACGCAUUACGCCUGCGCAGUCUGUUCUCAUCCCGCUAUCUCAGCAGGAAAUGGAGAUGUUCAGGAAUUACCGAGGACAAGGCGCUCAGAGACUCGCUAUGAAGAGGAAGAGGAGUGGCUCGGAGGACGAUGCGGAUGCGCGACCGGCAAAGAGACCUGCGGGUGACGUUGACGUCGUGGUUGAGCACUAUAAUUCUCGGCCGGAUGUUGGCGUUGUUCAGCGGCAGGACUCGCCUAUUAUCGGUCUCAAGAACUUUAACAACUGGGUCAAGUCGGUGCUCAUCACGCGAUAUGCUCACCCGGCACUGCAGAAAAGUGUUGUUGCAGGGUAUAGUGGGAGGGGCGGGCGAGGGAAGGUGUUGGAUAUGGGCUGCGGGAAGGGUGGGGACAUGACAAAAUGGAGCAAAGCUCAAGUACGAGAAUUGUUCUGCGUCGAUAUUGCGGCGGUCUCUGUCGAACAAGCUCGAGCAAGAUACGAAAGCAUGCGGAAUUCCCGCUUCGAAGCUUUGUUCGCUGCGCUGGAUUGCUAUACCGAGCCACUUCACAAAGCCUUCCCAACCGCGAGGUUGGCACCCCCUUUCGACGUUGUAUCGAUGCAGUUCUGUAUGCACUAUGCAUUUGAGACAGUUCAAAAAGCCCGAUGUAUGUUGGAGAACGUGAGUCGAUACUUGCGCUCGGGAGGAGUUUUCAUCGGGACAAUACCCAACUCGGAUUUGCUAUACGCGCAUCUGGAUGCCAUUCCACCAGACGCUGAAGAGCUCUCCUUCGGCAACUCGGUGUAUAAAAUCAGAUUUGAACAGCGGGACUCUAGGCCGACGUUCGGUCACAAAUAUUGGUUCUUCCUGCAAGAUGCGGUAGAGAACGUCCCAGAGUAUGUCGUACCGUGGGACGACUUCGUUGAGCUGGCUGCAGAGUACGAUUUGUACCCGACAUGCAAGGAAGAGUUUCACCAAGUGUUCGCUCAGAACCAAGACAUCCCGGAAUUCAAAAACCUCAUGGUCCGCAUGAAGGUCGUGGAUGCAAAUGGCGAAAGCUCGAUGGAUGAAGAUCAGUGGGAGGCUGCAAAUAUUUACAUCGCAUUCGCCUUUGAAAAACGAUGA